AUGCACUACACCAGCGACCCUACUUCUGGGGCUGAAGUUCAAAUACCCGCGUGCGUGACGACCGACUGUCUCCACCAUGGGGGAAUCGAGUGGGGAGGCAACGAGACUCACACCAACCACUCCUGGGCUCAGCACGGCCUGGUCUGCGUCUUCGAGUCGUCGACGGAGGACUUUAUCGGCUCCCCCUUCUUCCAAAUGUGUAUCUACUUCAUGUACAGUGCAGUGUUUAUCGUAGCUCUCUUAGGAAACGGGUUAGUAUGUUUCGUAGUCCAUACAACCCCGCGUAUGAAGACUGUAACGAAUUUUUUCAUAGUGAAUUUAGCUGUCGGUGAUAUUUUUAUGACGCUGUUUUGCGUGCCGUUUUCGUUUGUGCCCAUGUUGGUAUUGCGGUAUUGGCCUUUUGGGGAGGUGAUGUGUAAGAUAGUGAACUACUCGCAGACUGUGUCUGUGUUGGUGAGUGCGUAUACGCUGCUGGCGAUCUCGAUCGACCGGUACAUGGCGAUCAUGCACCCGCUGAAGCCGCGGCUGGGGCGGGCGGCGGCCAAGAUGAUAGUGGCGGCGGUGUGGGUCGGUGCGUUAGCCACUGCCGCCCCUAUACCCAUUGUAUCGCAGCUGCAAAGACCGUCGCCGUGGCACGAAGCCUGCGAAGUGGACAUUUGCAGCGAGCAGUGGUCCAGCGCGCAGCUCAGCGAGCAGUACACGUGUGCGCUAUUGGCGCUACAGUUCGCGCUACCGCUGACCGCGCUAGUGUGCACAUACGCGCGGAUAGCGCACGUCGUGUGGGGAGGCCGCCCGCCUGGAGAGGCGCAGACGCUACGCGACUCGAGGAUGCAGCAUUCGAAGCGGAAAAUGAUAAAAAUGAUGGUGACGGUGGUGGCAGUGUUUACAAUCUGCUGGCUGCCGCUCAACGUUUUCAUCGUUCUGUGGACAGCUCACGAGAACGAUGAAGAAUGGGCGUCGUGGCCGGGCAUGCCGUACGUGUGGUUCGCGAGCCACUGGCUGGCCAUGUCGCACUCCUGCUACAACCCCAUCAUAUACUGCUACAUGAACAACAAAUAUAGGAGAGGCUUCAAACAGGCCCUCGGCGGGUGCCUGUGUUUGAAAUUCAACGACGCGAGCCGGUCGUACCAGCGCGAGCGUUCCAGCGUUUGUGAAGGGGUGCCGCUGUCGGAAAUGGUUGGUGUCAACGGGUCGACAGUACACCGGCGCACGCUGGUCGGCUGCAAGUGCCGCCUAUCCCGAAACAACAGCAAAUGUCCCACGUGUGCGUCACUGAAGCAACUAAAGCUCACCGUACCGGAAGUAGAGCACUUCCCGCGCCCGCCGCCCGCCCAGGCGGUCUCAGUGCGUUCGCAUUUCUCAUACUAA